AUGAGCGUCCCAAAAACAGUAGCAAACCCCUUGAGGGUCAAAUUGGCUUCGGCCCAAACCCCCCCUGUCCUUGUUUCAGACAAGAAGAAACCGCUGUUCACACCGAAGACCCCAUUGAUUAGUCUGGAUGAACCGGUGAAACCGAAAACCAAUAAACGACAGCGCAGGGAUGUCGUUGACAUGCUGGCAGAGGAGGCCAGCGAACUCACAAGCAGGAUUCCAGACCUCACGGUCAAAGACGCUCUGUCUCGAGUCAUCGAGAUCCUAAUCCACAACGCUAAAGUUCAGGAAGAGAACUCUAGAGUUCUGAUGGAAAACAACAGAGCCUUAAAGACACUGCUUGAAAGAACUGCACCACAACAACCAGAGCAACUACAACAACCACAACCACAACAACCACAACGACAACAACCACAACAACAACAACCGCAACGACAGCAACCACAACCAAAACAACAAAAGCAACCACAACCACUACAAUUCCAUCCAGCGACGACACCGAAAACCAGUGGGACGCAAGGCGGACACCAUCGAGAUUGCGCAACUUCCUCCCCAGGAAGAAGUGCAAGAAGUACAACCGGUGACCCUUGCGUCAAAAGUUCUCACAAAGAAGCUGACAGUGAACCCUCAGCCACCACAGCACCACAAGAUUGCUGUCCUGCGAUUCAGUCGCAUGGCAGCAAGAACCAAGGUGAAUGCAACAGAAUGGAGGACGAUUCUCAAGGAGAAACAGAUCGUCCCGAUCACAAUCCUCUUCCCGUACCACAAUACGGUGGAGAUUGUGGUCCCCCUCGAACAGGAACAACAAACGAGGGCUUUCUUUGCAACGGUGGACAGAACACCGGAGGAUCCCAACCCGUACGCGAGACGGGAUGGGAAGAAGGAGAAGCUCACCGACGAGUCCCUGCUGAAGCAGAUCAAGACUCGUAUCCAGAUGCUCAAGUUCGAAAGAACGAUGAUCGGAGCAAGGUACAUCCAAGCGACGAUCGAGGCUGGAAUCCAGCUUCUAUCAAAAGGGAAACCGGAGAUAGAAGCCGAACUCCAGAAGGUCAUCAAGGAGAGGAAGAUGAGCACCGUAAAACGUGCAUCACCCUCAAACCAAGACGACCAGCCAAUGUCACAGUUGCUACAAUAAACGUUCGUCACUUCAACGACGCAAAGUCCGCGAAAGUGCGAAAGCUUAUCGAAAAGCAUUCUGUCGACUUGGCUAUCCUCACGGAGACGAGUCAGACGGUCCAUAGACCACUAGUAGGAAAAGGAAAACCAUUCAUGGUUGUUGGACAAGGAGAUGCAAGUUCUGGAGUAGCUGUAGUGUUUGAAUCCGAUAAGGUUGACGGCCCACAACUACAAAAGACUCGCAUUCUCCAAAUCCUUCUUCCAAAUGGUGUGAACGUUGUUGGUGGCUAUGGACCGACUGAGCAAGCACCUGGAUACGAGAAGAUCAAGUUUUGGAGCGAGAUCAAGGCCAUCGUUGAAGCAUCAACGCAGCAACACGCUGCUACGAUCUUCAUCGGUGACUUGAACGCGGGACACGAGAAGCAGAUCGGCGGGAAGCGAGAAGACGGCCCGUCCAACUACGAGAGGUUGCAAGAGGCAAUACAGCUCAGCAACCUCAAGAUCGUCCCGUCUCCUCCAACAUGGAAAUCAGCAAGAUCAACUCGGCCGACGAGAACACUGGACCGAUGCCUGGUGCAGUCGAGAGGGGAUUUCACAGCUGAGAGCUUUUUGGAUUGGGAAGACAACCUAUCUGACCAUGCGGUCCUUAUCACAAAGGUGAUACUUUGCGAUAUCGACAGAAACAAGGGUCGCCCAUACCAUAAGCCUCAGCUCCCCAGAAGCUCGAUGGAAUAUCUGUGGGAUGCUGCAAAGCAAAGACUCAAACAACUACCACAACAACAACAGAAUGGCAAUGACGAGAACCCACUACGCCGGUUCUGGAAAGCGCUGCACGACGACGAGAUGAGCACACGCCAACCGCUGACAAUCACUGACGACCAAGACAACCCACUUGGCCCGGAGGAAGCAGUAGAAAGCUGUGCAAGUUAUCUCAGGACUGUCUGGAGUGAGGCGGACCCUUACACGGUUCACUACACCGCCAACAGUAUCCGGUCUCAACCCCCAACACUUGAAGAAGUAGAGAUCGCGGUGAAGGAGAUUAAGAAAGACACCGCGCUGGGGAGGGACAAGAUACAAGCGACCCUGGUGAAGGAGUCUUCAGAAGCUGCGAAUAUCUAUACAGAUCUAUUCAAAGCUCUCUGGAACACUCCGGAAACGGUACCGCGCGAAUGGAAGGACAUGCGGGUGAAACCAAUCCUCAAAAAGAACCCAAGAACGACUCCGCAAGGAGCCCGUCCCGUAACGUGUCUUGCGACAUCAGCGAAGAUUCUUAACAGAAUCCUAGCUGAAAGAAACAAGUUCACCUACGAGAUGGUAGUUCAUGACGCUCAACACGCGUACCGGUCAGGGAGAUCACACUGGACAGCCUUGGGAGAACUUGUAAGCCAGGUUGCCUCAAGGGGGAAGUGUUCUGUCACGUUUUUAGACAUGUCUAAGGCGUUUGACAGAGUCUCGAGGGUCGCACUUGAGCGCGCGCUUCACAGAUGGGGACUUCCCCGGAAUGAAGCCGAACUCAUCAUUGCACAAUAUGACGGGUGUGAGGUCUUCGUGGAGCUUAAUGGAAAGGCUGCUCGUCCCUUCAACCACACGAAUGGAAUUCGACAAGGCUGCACUCUGAGUGGAAUCUUGUGGAACCUCGUGAUGGCUGAAGUGCACGAGAAAGUCGAAGAAAUACUCCCCAAUGGUAAACAUGCGCUCAUUUCCUAUGCGGAUGACCUGAUUAUCAUUGGGAAAACGAAGAUCGAAACACAAGUAGUCAAGAGAGCGAUCAAGGAAGCGCUUCUAGAAGCAAACCUGAUCCUCAACGACCAGAAAGAAGCCACACAACAGUUUGAUGUGGAUGGGGCACCUCACCCAGUGGAGUGGCUCGGAGUCAUCUUGACGACGAACCUCACCUGGGAGGAGGAAGCAGCAAGCCGGGUCAAGAAAGCGAAGCAAGCUUCGGACACGGUCAAGCGUGUCUGCCGCACGAACUCAAUCAGGAUUGCUACCAAACCAAUGAUCAACGUGCUUCAAGCCAUGGUGGCCACCCAUGUCACCACGGGCAGACACGUUGUGAAGUUUGACAGUGAUCAAGCUAGGAGGCUACAGAAUGCACUGAUGGAGGCGAUUCUUGACAACACCAAUCUCAGUGCAGCUGCAGCGCUCGGUGCGGCAGAGGCCAUUUGGAAUGGCACUGAUUUCGAACUCUCAGAGGAGGAGGCCCAGGCCACCGAGUCUGAAAGUAGUAAUCAGGACGCUGGAACCCUUCCGAUCGACCUUACGACACGCGAAACGAAAAAGAAGAAGGUCGUUCGGAAGAUACCGCAGUCGAAGAUCUCUGCCAACAUCUUGGGAACGGAGAUUUACCUUGCCCCAACACAACAACAGAUCCGCGAGCGGCAGAAGGUCAUUAAUCAGAAAUCCGACAACGAGGAACCUUCAUCGAAUGAAGAACCACAGCCUCGGACCAGAAGAAGAACUUCUGGUGGACUGUACGAUCUGCCACCGCAAGCUGAACAGCAGAGGCUUCUCAAGGCACCUGUGCAUCGACCCUCUGAAGACAGCGGACUACAUAAAGUGCUCAUACUGCGUCAACCACUACAGCAAGUAUGCCAUCCAGAACCAUGA